UGUAGAGGCGUUUAUAAAUGUUAUAUAUAAUGUCUGACUAGUUCCGAAAGCGACAUUUGAUUUGGUUUAAAUAUUUCUGAUUAUUAUUAUACUGAUCUGGAAACUGACUGAUGAAACAGUUAAUAAAAAAAAGAUAAAUACUUAGUUGAAGAUUCACUGGAAUAGCCUCUAAUAUUCAAACCAAAAUUGUGGACACUAUACGAAUAUAUACAAAAUAUGGUAGAGGCCUAUUAUUUGUCAAGCACGAAAUCCAGUAAAUGAACAAACAAGGUGGAGCCUGUAGAAUUUAUUUGAAAGAUCCAAAGCCUACCAAAUCCAAAAAAGCAGCACAAUGGCUUCACUCAAAUCUGACGAUAUUGAUUGUGAAGAUACACAGACGUAUCCUAACAUUAUUAAACAGCUAAAGCUACAAGAGUAUUACCCUAAAAAACUAACUCGUGAAAAGGCGCUUGCAGUUUCAAAUAUCGACAUUUCAACAGACGACCUCAAGGAUCCUGGCAAGAUUCCUUGGUUUAUUCUGCAAAAUAUGAUCAUGUGUAAUUAUGAAGGAAUGCGUUUUGAAGUCAACGAGCAUAAGCCAUUAUUGUCCGGAACAGGAGACUCUCUUCCACUUCUAGAAAGCCAUUCAGAUAGAGAAAACGACUGCGAUCACACAGAGCAUGUAAGUCCUCUAGACUCGCUGGUUGCACUUUUUUGGUGCUGCGACGAUUUCUUGAGACAAAUUUUAGUUGAAAGAUUGUUACUGUGUCAGCUCGCUAUUCCACUUCUGUUACCAAUCGACAGUCCCUAUGGAAGUGAAAUGCUUAUGUGGGCGUUGAGUACGCUAAGAAAGCAAUGGAAGACACGUUCUGGAUCAUCAUGUGAGCAAUCAAUGGUGUUCCAUAAGUCAUCGAUCGUGUCUGCCAUUCGCUUCGGCAGACCUCGGAUAUCAAAAUCAAAAAUACUCAACAAGGUUAUUAGUGAUCUGAAACAUGAUAUUUUUUUUCACUCCGAUUGCAAUGGCGGUGCUAAUAGGAAAAUCGCCGAUGGGUUAUUGGAAAUGGCCUAUUACCUUCCAAAUGGAAAACGCAAGGACAUGUUAUCCGAGGCGGUCACAUUUAUGAAUUUGAGAGGAAAUGCAUCUUACCUUAAAGGUCAAAUACGAUUUAUAUCUGAAAUAUCAUUUGCAACUAUUGUAUUUAUGUCUUCUGAAAGUCUAAAGGAAGAAGAUAAGGCCUUACUUAAACCAUUGUACGAACAGGACGGUCACUUAAUAAUUGUAUUAGAUGAACAUUCAAAAGGGAAAUUGAAAGAUUCAUUUUGUGCGUUGGAGAAAAGUUGUCUUAAGGUUUCAGAUAAGCAAGUAAAAUACAUCUAUUCUUCAACCAAAAAGGAAUUACUAAUAAGUAAGAAAAUUAAAGAAUGUCUUAAAAGUAUCUACAAAGGAAGUAGGCGUUAUGUUGUCCCUGAUAGAAGCAUUAAAAUGUGCGUCGACGUUGCAAAAACAAUGUGUUUUGAAGUCGACGAUGACAACACACAGGAUUAUUUAAUAACAAGAAAAACUACAGAAAUGAUGAUCGAUAGCUUAAAACAGCAUGGAAAAGAAAAGCAACUACCUUUGCAAAUGAUUGCAAAAGAAAAUGGAGAGAGACAGAAAACACAGUAUUAUUUGGAACGGGACGAACACAAUGCAGCAACAAAGGAUUCUGAGAAUGUCUUGGAUACCAGUAUAUCAUUUUUGCGAAUGAAGCAAAAAAUUGUCUGCGAAGAAGAUCUAGGUAUACUUAAGCUAUUCAGCCGGUCAUAUACGUUUACAGCUCCAGCGAGGAAAUAUUGCCAGAGCUACCUUAAGAUUUUAACAUACAAUAAUAACAUUGACGAAAUGCAAUCGGUACGCCAGGAAUACAUUAACAAAUUGGAUAAGUUACAUAGACAUUUGCAAAAACAUCAAAAAAGUAGAACAAAAUUAGAAAAGAUAAAAGCGAGAAAAGCUGAAAUUGAAUGUCUCGAGAGUGAGCUCUCUAAUUUGUCAUUAGGCUUAGAGCAUUUCAACAGAGAGCUAGGACAAAUGUACGAAAUGAAAUCAGAUUUGAAUCUUCUAGAUUAUUCAACCCGUCAACUUCCAGUCGCUGCAGCUGAAUUAUUUCUUGAUGGAUAUCCUCUAGAAUUAAUGAACGGUGACGCGAUUUAUGUUCCACUCACUUGGAUUGAGGCUAUUCUGAGACAAAAAAUAAUCGAUGAUAAUCGAAUUUUCGUGCUGUCAGUGCUAGGUGUUCAAAAUAGCGGAAAGUCAACUAUGCUUAAUACCAUGUUUGGUUUACAGCUUCCUGUCAAUGCCGGCAGAUGUACUAAAGGCAUAUUUGCGCAAUUAGUUCCAGUGGAUACAAACUUACAAAAGAGUACUGGAUGUGACUAUAUAAUGGUUGUUGAUACAGAGGGUUUACGUGCUCCGGAAUUAGCAGGCCUUGAACAUAGUGACUACUUCAACAAACUUGCUACUCUUGCCAUUGGCUUAAGUGAUGCUACAAUCUUUAAUAUCAGGAGAGAACUUGUAAUUGAAAUAAAAGAAACCCUUGAAAACACUGUUCUUGCAUUCAUGAAAAUUGAAAGUGUAAAAAUCAAACCUAGAGUUAUAUUUGUACAUCAGAAUAUUAAAAAUGUUGGAAGGGCCAAUAUGAAUACGGAUCAAAAAAUAUCAGUAAAGAAUAUGUUGGAUGAGAUCACAAAACGUGCGGCAGAUAAAGAGAACUGCGGCGACAAAUAUGAAACGUUUUCUGACGUCAUUGAAUUCAAUGAAAAUAAAGACGUGAUGUAUGUUUCUAGGUUCCAGAAAGCAGAUUCAUCAAUGGCGCCUGUUGAUCCUGGUUAUAGUCGAAGUAUAUAUCAAGUCAAGAAACAGUUAAUACAGUGCUUGCAAAAUUCUCAAGCUAAAUCAGUUAAAGACUUUAUGCGUAAACUGUCAGAUCUCUCAAAAGCAAUUCCGUGA